UUACAAUCUCGCAGUUCCCUUUCUGAAACAACGCACCCUCGUCUUCUGUACAUUAUCAUUUCCUCCUCUCUCACCCAAACACGACAUAUUUUCAUUCUCAGUGCCUAUUUCCCUUAGACCAUCGCUUUUGACCCGUCUUUGUCGUUCGCUAAUCAUCCCCCCGGAUUCGAGAUCACCAUUCCGCCGAACCCUUUGUUCCUUGAUCGGCAUACUUCUUUUGUUCGCAGAGCCACAUAGACUUCUUACACCCCAACUGCGCUGGCCGGUGAGGUUGCCUUCCAUCGUUUCCAUCGGCAACACUAUUAUGCAAACACGCCUGUAACGUCUUACUUUACGAAGACGGAAGACCACCAUAGCAAAAUGUCCGCCGCUCAAGCGCUUUUCCCGCGGCAAACCUCGUUCACGCCCGACCCCAGUCUAUCAAAAGGAGAGCAGGUCCUCCAGUUGAUUGCCAACCCUUUUCAAGCUUCACUUCAAACAGGUGCCUUUUGGGCCUCCCUUGGCACCUCACUAGGACUCAGUGCUGGCCUCGCUCUCCUAUUUUGCCUUAUCCGGCCUCGAAACAAUGUUGUCUAUGCCCCAAGACUGAAAAAUGCGGACAAGGAUCACGCUCCGCCUCCAUUAGGGAAGGGGUUGUUUAGCUGGGUCGCACCCGUUAGGAAAGCAUCAGAACCAUAUCUGGUGGAGAAAAUCGGCAUGGAUGCGGUCGUCUUUCUGCGCUUCACUCGAAUGCUGCGAAACAUGUUCCUGGUUUUGGGCAUCAUUGGCAUUGUUGUCAUGAUUCCGGUGAACGUUACCCAGGGGAACAAGGCAAUCACACACGGUCUGAACGCCUUCGCCAUCAUGACCCCUUUAUUCAUAUUCGGAGGGGGCUUGUGGGCUCAGGUGGUUGUGGCAUGGUUAAUUGACGUGGUGGUGAUAUACUUUCUAUGGCACAACUACCGCCGAAUUCAUCACCUACGACGAGUAUACCUCGAAAGCCCCGAAUAUCAGAGAAGUCUACACGCCCGGACAAUAUUGAUUCGAGAUAUUCCGACCAACCUUCGAAGCAACGAAGGCAUUGCUCGAAUUACCGACGACGUCAAUCCGACGGGCACAGUUCCGAAAACGACCGUUGGACGCAAUGUGAAGGUACUGCCAGAAUUGCUUGAAGAACACGAAGAGGCUGUCAGGGAACUAGAGUCUAUUUUGGCAAAGUACCUGAAGAACCCGGACAGGUUGCCACCAACCCGACCAAUGAUCAAAGCUCCCAGCAAAUACAGGGGUCAAACGACGAAUGGCAAGGUCGAUGCUAUCGAGUACCUCACGGACCGUAUCCGGUCCCUCGAGAUGGAAAUCAAUGAUAUUCGGGAGCGCGUGGACAAUCGCGAUGCUAUGUCUUACGGUUUUGCCAGCUGGGAACAGGUUUCCGAGGCGCACACCGUCGCAUUCCAGGCACGAAACAAGCGGCCUCAUGGCACCAAGAUUCGCUUAGCACCGAGGCCCAACGACCUUAUUUGGGACAAUCUCAAACUGUCUCGAGCUUCACGGAAGAGCAAGCGGAUAAUGAAUGGUAUCUGGAUCGCUGUCCUGACGAUCAUCUGGACGCCAAUCAACGCUGGAAUUGCGAUCUUUCUCUCCAACCUGUCAAACCUGGGUCUCGUUUGGCCAGCCUUCAAAACUCAGCUGGAAGCACACCAUACAGGCUGGUCUAUCGUCCAGGGUAUUGCCGCCCCAGCAAUCACUUCGCUCGUUUACCUCCUGCUUCCGAGCAUCUUUCGGCGCCUUCAAGUUCGUGCUGGUGAUGUGACGAAGACCGACCGAGAACGACACGUCUUUCGGAACUUGUACGCUUUCUUCACCUUGAAUAACUUGAUUGUGUUCUCCAUCUUCUCGGCAGUUUGGCAGUACGUGACGAUUGUGAUCCAGUACAACAAACAGAGUAACGACCUCUGGACCGCUCUCAGACAGGGCCAAUUCUUCCUUGUGAUUACGACGACUCUCUGCCAGAUCUCACCAUUUUGGGUUACUUGGAUCCUCCAGCGAACUCUGGGCGCCGCUACUGAUCUGGCCCAACUGUGGCAAUUAACCUACACCUGGUUUGCAAGAACAUUCUUAGCCCCGACUCCCCGGCAGAACAUCGAGUGGACUGCACCUCCAAGCUUUGACUAUGCCAGUUAUUACAACUAUUUCCUUUUCUACACUACGGUGGCCCUUUGUUAUUCGACGCUCCAGCCGAUUGUGCUUGUUGUUACCGCAUUAUAUUUCGUGAUCGACGCAUUUCUGAAGAAAUACCUUCUCAUGUAUGUGUUUGUCACCAAGACCGAAUCUGGCGGUCAGUUUUGGACCACCAUGUUCAACCGAAUUAUAUUUGCAACGAUCCUCUCCAAUGUCGUUAUCGGUGUGGUCGUCAAAGCCAGAGGAGAAUGGACCCUCGUUGCGGCGAUCGCGCCACUGCUGGUCAUCAUGCUUGCCUUCAAGUGGUAUUGCAUGAAAACCUUCGACUUGGACUUGAAGUACUACUCUCGAGGUGGUAUGCACGAUCAAGAACGUCUGGCGGCGGACGCCAAACCAAGGGAGCCCGAGAAGGUCUCAUCCAAGUUCGGUCAUCCGGCAUUGUACCAACCCCUUAUGACGCCGAUGGUGCAUGCCAAGGCCAAGCAUGUCCUCGCUGAGAUCUAUCGUGGCCGACUACAGUCUGAUGGGGGCCAAUCGAUGGCAUUCUCAGACAUAGCCAUGCAACCUAUGGCCCAGCCGAGCAAGCCGGCCCAGGACGUUCCUUUCGAAUUUGUCCCUGAGGCCCAACAAGACUUCCAGUUCUAUAAAAAUCGUGAGGACUUCCGUGAAGACGCAGGUGAUAUGCUUUCCUCCUCACGAAGCCAAACGCCUGCGUCGUCGUUUGUCGGGCAGAAGGAUUCUUCGCCAUCAAGUUCUCGGGACACGAGCCCCGCGCCCCAGGUGAUAGCACAACACCAAACACAUAUCCAUCGCAAGGAGUUCGACCAAUCCAAUGUUCCGAGCCAGUUCAGACACGGUCCCGCCGCUCCUUUUGACGGGACCGCCAGUGGAGGUCUAGGACCGCGUCAUGGUCCGUACACGGAUCCCUAUGAUGAUAGGACAAACCUGCUGGGGAGUGCGGGCGAUGUCAGAACACCGAACGGCGAGUUCAUGUCCCUGGACCGGUGGCGGACUCCCGGGGUGAGUCGGGAUGGAAGUGAAGCCGAUGGUUAUCGGGACGUGACGCCCGGAGAAGAGCUGAAUACGAAUUACGACUAUUUCCGAGGGAGGCGGUGAAAGAGGUGGCAUUUUGUGGGUUUCAAAUCUCGGUAAAACUGUACUUGGUAGAUUAAAACCCUUUGUAUAGAGAAAAGUGCAUUUAUGAAGAUACGAGCUGGUACAUGAUCGCGAUGACUGCAUAUGGAAAAAUGAAGAUUCCAUUUGAAACCAUUGAUCAC